AGUCAAUGGUUGUCCGUCGUGAUCGGGGAAUGGGCACUGUUGAAAGCCGUGUUGAUCGGACGCGGCAUGCCGGUGCCUCGGCUUCCGCUCUGGAUCGCACCCACAUUGGCUCCCCCGCUUCCCCGCGAAUGCCCACCCACCUCGAGACAUUUAGUUAUCACCGCGUCCACCUGAAGCGCGAUCCCCAUCUCGUUCCAUUCACUGCAUUUCACCAUUAUCAUGCCCAACUCUUACUACGUUCCCAAGGGCGGUCUCCCUCCCCAGACCGACCUCACCACCGAGCGCGCCGUCUUCACUGAAGCGUAUGCCGUCAUCCCCCGUCGUGUGAUGAGCGAUAUCGUCACCUCGCUCCUUCCGCACUGGCCCAAGACCCGGUUGUGGGUCAUCGCCCGCCCUCUUUCUGGCUUUGCCGAGACUUUCUCACAGUACAUCGUCGAGGUGCAGCCCGGAGGUGGAAGCGACACCCCGGAGGUGGAUGCCGGGGCCGAGGGCGUUCUCUUCGUCGUCGGCGGCGAGCUGGAACUCACCCUCGAGGGCAAGGAGCACAAGCUGGCCGCGGGUGGAUACGCAUUCCUCUCCCCGGGCGCGAAGUGGAAGCUACACAACAAGGGUACGGAGAACGCGACGUUCCACUGGAUCCGCAAGCGUUACCAGAAGGCCGAGGGCGUCGACGUUCCCGAGUCGUUCGUGACUAGCGAGGACCAGGUUAAGAUGGCCGCCAUGCCUGACACCAACGACACCUGGUGCACCCAGCGCUUUGUUGACCCUACCGACAUCCGGCACGACAUGCACGUAACCAUCGUCACAUUCCAGCCCGGCGGCUCGAUUCCCUUCCCGGAAACCCACGUCAUGGAGCAUGGCCUCUACGUCCUCGAGGGCAAGGCUAUGUAUCUACUGAAUAAGGACUGGGUCGAGGUUCAAGCCGGGGACUUCAUGUGGCUUCGUGCCUUCUGUCCCCAGGCUUGCUAUGCAGGCGGGCCCACACGCUUCCGCUACCUCCUUUACAAAGACGUCAACCGCCAUGUGGGCCUAACCCUGUAGAAGCGCGCACGCCAGCGCAGCACGCCCUUGUAGGUUUGAGAGGAUGAUGACGACUCAACGAUAUCUUCCCGACUCUCCUGUCUGUAGCAUUUGGUAUGAAUGGUAUGUAGGUCAAUUCGAACAAGAUGGUGCGGCCAUGUCAUG